UCGCACCCGCCUUUCCGGCCCCCGCCCUGUCCUCUCACAUAACGAGCGGCGGCGGGCGCAAAGCACGGCGCGAGCGAUGAGGCUUCUCUGGCACACUUGGCGUGAUACCGGCAGGGACGUGCACGUGCCCUCCACUCUCGGCCUAGCUCUAGUCCUGUGCCCCAGACGUGUAUGUUUACUAGCAUGUACUAAUGGCUCAACCUGGCGUAGGCUGGCAGCUGGCACUCGUAAACGACUGGAGGCCGUCGGUCCCAACAAGGAGGAGCUUAGCCCGGCAUUGAUGGAUGGAGUAGGGCCCAAAAAGGGGUCCCGUAAGCCUGCAUGCGACCCCAUAGAGGUAGUGAGGUCUCGGGUGAGCAGAGCCAUCGGCACGAGCGAUUGAUGGACGAAAUGAGACGUGGUCUUGGGAGGAAAAAAAACC